UGGAGUUCUCUUGGACAGGGUGGAGACAAAAACGAAACCCAAAGAACUCGACUGGAGAUUCCUUUCUCUGGCCGAGAGCGGCGGUUUCCGGAGGCGGUUUUGGGAGGAAGAAGCUCUUUUACUCGCGGAACGUGGUUUUCCGGCGGCGGGAGGAGGGAGGGUAUGGGCGGUUUGCGGUGAGGGGAAGAUGGUGAGGAGGAGGCUGUUUCUGGUGCUGCUCUGUGUGACGGUUCUUGCGCCUAUUGUUCUGUUCACCGAUCGGCUGGCCACCACUCCCAAUUCCAUCGUGAAUGGCGGGUUUGUUGAUGACGUUUCCAAUCUGAGUUUUGGGAAUGAGACUGAGAGGCUAAACAUUCUUCCUCAGGAGUCCUCAGUUUCUGUGAAAGAACCGAUCCAGACGGUUCAUUCCGAUAGUUCGAGCAAUUCCGAUCAGGUCUCAGCUUAUUCAAGAGAUGGAUUACUGGCACUGAAGCCAGAAGAAUUGCCAUCAAGAAGCUCUGGAGACCACAAAACGCGGGUGCUAUCGGCAACCAAUGAGAGGAAACAAUCAGAGAGGGAGGGUGUGAUCGAUAAAGUGACCAACCAGGAGAGCAGGAGUGAUGGGUUGGAGAAACCCAUAUCGGUUGCAGAGAAUAAGGGAAUGGGAUUCCAGAAGACCGGAGAAGCCACCCGAUUAAAGAAGCAGGAGAAUAAUCAUGAUAAACAAUCUCGGCGAACGUCUGCCAAAGGUCAUUCAGGAAAGCGCCGGAUGGAAAAUCAUGGUGGUAGCACCGCCAUGCCGCGCCGGAUGGAAAACCUUGGUGGUACCACAGCCAUACCUGAUGCUAGAGUAGUGCAGCAGCUUAAGGACCAGUUGAUAAGGGCAAAGGUUUAUCUUGACCUUGAAUCUACUCAGGGCAAUCCUUCAUUCAUCAGGGAGCUCCGAGUGCAGGUAAGGGAUGUUCAGCGGGCUCUUGGUGAUGCCACAAAGGACUCAGAAUUACCAAAGAAUGCUUAUGCGAAACUGAAGGCAAUGGAACAAACUUUGGCUAAGGGCAAGCAAAUUACUAUUGAUUGUUCUGCUGCUAUCAAAAAGCUUAAUGCUGUGCUUCGCUCCACGAAGGAACAACUACGUGUUCAUGGGAGGCAGAUAGUGUUUCUUACACAACUAGCAGCAAAAACCAUCCCUAAAGGUCUCCAUUGUCUUCCCUUACAACUUACUGCUGAGUACUAUUCACUGCAUGCCAGCCAACAGGAAUUCCCAUGUCAAGAGAAACUUGAAGACCCUGCACUUUACCAUUAUGCACUGUUCUCAGAUAAUGUAUUGGCAGCAGCUGUGGUUGUGAACUCGACUGUGUUUAAUGCUAAGAACUCUGAGAGCCAUGUCUUCCACAUUGUCACUGAUAGGCUCAAUUAUGCAGCCAUGAGGAUGUGGUUUUUAGCCAAUCCCCCAGGAAAAGCAACUAUCCACGUUCAGAACAUUGAAGAAUUCACUUGGCUAAACUCAAGUUACAGUCCAGUCCUGAAACAGCUUGGUUCUCAAUCCCUGAUUGAUUUCUACUUCCGGACUCAUAAUGCUAAGCCUGAUGGAACCUUGAAGUACCGAAACCCAAAAUACCUCUCCAUCCUGAAUCAUUUGCGGUUCUAUCUUCCUGAAAUUUUGCCAAAGCUCAACAAAGUGGUCUUUUUGGAUGAUGAUAUUGUAGUUCAGAAGGACCUAACUGCUCUUUGGAUGAUUGAUCUUAAGGGAAACGUUAAUGGUGCAGUCGAGACUUGUGGUGAAAGCUUCCACAGAUUUAAUCAGUAUCUGAACUUCUCAAAUCCUAUUAUUUCCAAAAAUUUCGACCCUAAAGCUUGUGGCUGGGCAUAUGGAAUGAAUAUAUUCGAUCUGGCUGAGUGGAGGAAGCAGAACAUUACGGAAAUCUAUCACACAUGGCAGGAACUGAACCAUGACAGGCAAUUAUGGAGUUUGGGCAGUCUACCACCUGGUUUGAUAACAUUUUAUAAUCGCACAGUUGCUCUAGACCGCUCAUGGCAUGUGUUGGGCCUUGGGUACGACCCAGAUGUGAACCAGAGAGAGAUCGAACGGGCUGCUGUCAUACACUACAACGGAAACAUGAAGCCUUGGUUGGAGAUUGGCAUGCCACAAUAUCGCAACUACUGGUCUAAAUAUGUGGACUACGAUCAAGUUUAUCUGCGGAACUGCAACCUCAGCCCUUGAAAAGGCAAUAUCUCUUAGUCUCUCUUUCGAACAGCGAUGUGACAAAUUUUUUUUGAAGUUCUUUGUUCUUUUGUUCAUUUUUGUUCUGGAAUUUAGACAUUUAGUUCGAUUCUUUGUGCUCUAGUGUUGUAAAUGGACUAGGGCACUUACUGUGGUAUUCUCCCCCAACCUCCCCACCACCCCGAUACAUUUGUAAUUAGAAUGCCGGCUUCUUUCACCUUUUUUGGGUGGAAAAUGGUAGAAGUGAAAAAUUUCCUCCAAUUUUAUUAAUAAGAGAGACUAAUUACUAGAGGGAA